GCCCGGAAGGGAAAGCUGCUCCGCCCCGACCCGACCCAGCAGCGGGAGCGUGAUUCCGGUGAUUCGGAGGUGCGGGGCCUCUGAGCCGGUCAGGGCAGUCCCUGCGGGCGCCAUGUCCCGGAACCUGCGGACCGCACUCAUUUUCGGCGGCUUCGUCUCCCUGGUCGGCGCCGCCUUCUACCCCAUCUACUUCCGGCCCCUAAUGCGGCUGGAGGAAUACCAGAAGGAACAAGCUAUUAAUCGGGCUGGUAUUGUUCAGGAAGAUGUGCAGCCACCAGGGUUAAAAGUGUGGUCCAACCCAUUUGGCAGGAAAUGAGAAGCCUGUCACCGACUCUAUUAUGAAAUUAGACAUCUUCAUGCUCUCUGCUGCGCAGCAAGCGUGAUGAAUCGCCUCGCUACAGAACGACGGCUGGAGAAGAAAACUCUGUAAUGCCACAAAUAAGAGUACUAUGCACAAGGAUUAAUAUCUCCCUUCUUAGGCAUCAGAAGAACCCUGGAACAAAUCACACCAUUAGGAAGGUUUUGUGAUUCGGUUUACUUCUCUAAAAAUGAAGCCCUCUGGCCCAGCUGUGUUUGGAGAUCCACUCGCUAUUCACUAUUCAGUCUGUACUACUCGCCCAACUGUGCUGUGAUAGGGUACGAGCAACCAGGAGCCUUGGGAGGAUCCUAAUUUCAGUGAAAAGCCACUGUGCUGAGAAGGGCUCUUUCUCAUAGGGCUCUUUGAAGACGUUAAAGUGGAUAAAACUCUCCAGGGACACGGUUCCUUGUACUCGUUAAGAACAAACCAUUCAGCCGCACUAACUUGUCGAAGGUUGCUGCAUGUUGGAAAAUAAUAAAUACGAAGCAAUUCAUACUAAACGGGAGUACAUGCGGAAUAUGAAUAGGUGUUAAAUUAACAGUACUGCAAAUGUGUGUAUUAAAGUGAUUUUUACUUCA